CACGUGAUGUGUCAGGGUAUAUAAGCAUGCCUGCACAGAUGUCAACAUUCACACUCAGGACCUUGCCUUGAGCAGCAAACCAAACUCACUACCCCUGACACCAUGAGCUACUACGGCAACUACUACGGAGGCCUGGGCUAUGGCUGUGGAGGCUUCGGUGGCCUGGGCUAUGGCUAUGGCUGUGGAUGUGGCAGCUUCCGCAGACUGGGUUCUGGCUGUGGCUAUGGAGGCUACGGAUAUGGCUGCUGCCGCCCAUCGUACUAUGGAGGAUACAGAUUCUCUGGCUUUUAUUAA